UAGGUGCGAGGUACGGACGAGACACCGUUUGAGGCCUUUUUAAAGACUGUGGGUAAUACUGUAUACGUACGGAAGGUUACACACGGAGUAUUUCCCAACGUUCCACAACAGAAAACCAACCCCUCAUCUUGGGGGUCACCUCUUAUCGACAAGAGCCUAGCCUAGUCCCCGCUGCCCCGAUCCGUCACCCCACCAUCGCAAACGGGCAUCUCUAAACCAGUAAUCGCAACCCGUGUAAGAGAUCAACACUACCCGGAAUAGUCAAAGUAACCUUACCCUUUAUUCCUACGGCAAUUCCCUAUAUCAAUCCUCCCGUAAUGCUAACCAUGUCCUCCGAAACCCCGUCCACCGGCGGUCUCACGCCGGCGCAACAAACCGCCUUCUGGCGCGACGGCUACGUCAUCAUCCCCGAUGCCCUCCCACCAACAACAGUGCGCGCGCUCCUAGACGAGACGCACGCCCUCCUCGACAACUUCCCCUUAUCAGACCACCCCAUGACGCGCUUCAGCACAGGCGAGAAAUCUGCACAUGUUGGGGACGACUACUUCCUGACUUCGGGGGACAAAGUGCGAUUUUUCUUCGAAGAAGACGCUUUUGACCCGUCUACGGGAAAUCUUACGAAACCUAAGGCCCAGGCUAUUAAUAAGAUUGGGCAUGCGCUGCAUGAGAAGUCACCACCGUUCGCGGCUCUGCUUGAUCCGGCUUUGAAUCCGGAUUUACUGGGUGCUGGGACUAGUAGUGGUAGUGUGGCUGCGGGGAGAAAGGAGAGCCAUCCCGCAGCUGUAGCAAGAGCGCUGGGGUUCAAAGAUCCUAGGUGUCUGCAAAGUAUGGUUAUCUGUAAACAACCUGAGAUUGGCGGUGCUGUGCCUCCACAUCAAGACAGCACGUUCUUAUAUACCGAUCCGCCGAGUGCUGUCGGUUUUUGGUACGCGCUUGAAGAUGCUACAGCCGAGAACGGUUGUUUGAGCUUCUUACCGGGAAGUCACCGGUGGGCGCCUGUGCGUCAGCGCUUUGUACGCUCUGCAACUGGGAAUGGGACUGAGUUUAUAGAUAACGCCGGGCCUAGGUUUCCUCUUGGUGAAGAUUACGGGGAGAUUGUUGGACAGAGCGAGGAGGGAGAGUACAAAUUAGGCGAGGUCAAGGCCGGAUCAUUGGUUUUGAUACAUGGUAACUUACUACAUAAGAGUGAAAAGAAUUUGAGUCGGAAGGGGCGUAUAAUAUAUACGUUCCAUGUCAUUGAGGGAGAAGGGACUAAGUAUGACGAGCGAAACUGGCUUCAACCAUCUCCAGAAGGUUUCACGCAGCUGUAUAGAGAUUAGGGGGAAGGGCGGAGUGAUUGAGCGAUAUCAUGUAUGAUUAUGUUGAAAUCCACGGGAUUCUCUUGCCUACCUAGGAAGCUUGAUACUAAUGUAUACCAAUUUCAAAGCA